AUGGGGGACGAAGGGGUGAAGGUCUUUGUAGCAGGCUGGGCUGAAAUAUGCGGCGCCGUCAGCCAGACAGGUUGUUUGCCUGGCGGGGGUGACUCGCACCUUCCAAAGAAGCAACCACCACAAUCAUUUCCCAACCACCACAAUGAGUGGCCCAUUGCAGUGAUCCUCCUGGCUGCGGCGUGCACGGCUCACGCCGGCAACCGGCCUGCGCCUCCGGCUCUGCGAUACGAGGUGCCAGCUUCUUGGCAGGGCUACGGUCUCUCGCAGUACAACGCGGCGCCCGCAGCCCCAGCGUACGGGCCGACACCGCCGGCUCCCGCCACGCCAUCCUACGCGUCGGCGGCUCCUGCGCCGGUGGCAGCUGCUCCGCCUCAGCCAGCUCCCUACCGAGCCCCUGUGGCCCCGGCUCCUGCACCGGCUCCCGCACCACGACUUGUAGCCGGCUACGGCGCACCGCUGCAGCAGGCCGUCACGAGCUCGUACUCGAUCAAGACGGUGCACGGAGCACCCGAGGCGCCGACCCCCGUCGCGCGAGCACCCGCCGAUCCAGCGCCCCUUUUUGCGGCACCGCCAGCGCCGGCCUCUUACGCCUCUCCUGCUGCUGCGCCCAGGGGGUUUGCCAAUCCUGGUCCAGCCGCAGCUCCGGUGGCGUACGCAACACCGGCAUCACCAAGCAGGGGGCUCGGAGCUCCGGCCGCGCCCUCCUUCGGAGCGUACCCCUCCGUCGGCUACGCCGCUACGGGAAACUAUGAGAGAUAUGUCGGAUCCUCACUACAUUCAUCGCCGGACUUUGUGUACAACUCACUCGACGCUGGCGUCCACGACAGUGGGCUGCGAACAGCAGCCCGUAAACUGGCUGUCCAGUUCGGAGUGGACACCUCAAUGCCGCCGGAGCGGACCGCUCGGGAGGACACGCCCCGUGGCGACGGCACGCCUGACCCCAUCCCUCAAGCGGUGACGUGGACGCCGUAG